UGCUGCCGCUGCGCUGUGAGCUUCCAGCUCACAGACCCAUGGUGCAAUGCCCGAGGGCGACCUGACUUCCGUGAUUCCCGCGCAACUGUCGUAUCUCGCCAUCUAUAACCCCCGCCUCGGUCCCACCGACGAAUCCCUCCCCGAUCAAGUCGUCUUCUACACAUCCCGGUCAGCUCGAUUGCGGCGACGGGAAGGCUCGGUGACCGAAGAUGGUGAUGCGGCGUCCAAGGAUGAAUGGAAUGAGAGGUUGCGUCAGAUUGGUCUGGCGCAGGGGAUGAUUGGCUUCGCCAGGAACUUCUCGCAAGGGAAAGCUGUGGAUUACGUGGAGACGGAGAAAUCCCAGAUCGUUUUGCAUGAGCUGGAGAAAGACUGGUGGAUUCUAGCUGCUGUCGACCUAACUCGCCUUCCAAGUGAUCCCGCAAACGCGCCCUCCUCCCAGCGCGAUGCCUCUUCAGCCACCCCGGACUGUAUCUACUCCGCAAGGGAGAUGUGCCCUCCCCAGCUCCUGAUACAGCAGCUACGUCGGGCUCACUCCACUUUCCUCCUCCACCAGGACUCUACACUGGACACAUUGUACGAUCGAGUAGGCAGGCCUGCCUUCUGCACGCUCCUCGAUAACUUUUGGUGGAGGUUCGCAUGGAGCUGGGAGGUUCUCCUGAACGGGAACCCCGUGGUUGAGAUAUAUGACGGCGUCAAGCUCUCCGCUGGGGGCGAACUCGGCAUCGGCGUUGGUGAAGAGGAGUGGGGGAGCGGAGAGCGAGAAGUGCUGGAGGACUUUGUCGCUCGUACAGAUGGUCUUCUGGACUUGGUAGUCUCGCGGUUCGGCGACCCUCACUCGAACACCGAAGCUCUCGCAACGGGGAACAAGACUCUAGACGCAGCGGAUGGAAGCAAUGCCGAACAGCGAUGGCUUGGGCUAGGCAUAUGCCCGAAACCAGACGAUGGGGUUGUGUUCUCGGGGGUAGGCGCUGUCUCGAGACCGUCCGUAAUGCGAAUUUCACAAUGGAUGGAAUCGAUCUAUAGAUAUGGCGUGGACGCAUACGGGGUUGGCGAAGACCCGACCUCGCCACGCCGUCGAAAGCGGCGAAGAAAGCAACGAAAGAGGGGGAAAGAUGCCAGCGUUCGAUCUGCUCGCGUGGCUGAGCCUCGAGCUGCAACUCCAGAUCGACCUUUCACUCCAGGCAUCCCCCCUCCGCUCGUGAUCGGGACCGCAGAAUCUCCACAGCCUCCACGAGAUACCGAUGGAAGGGCAAAUUCUCUUACAAGUGGUGAAAGCUCUCCCGCGCCGAGCGAUCGAGGGCUUGACUGGAUGGGGUUCAGGACUGACACGGUUGUGAAAUAUCUGACGCUUGGCUAUGGCUCAUCCUGGGGGGGUUCGUCCGGAACAGCCAGUCCACACCCUCGCAUUGAAGCGUUGAAGCGAGAGGAUGGAGGUUCCAGUCCCAACAAUCGGCCAAAUUCUCCGACAGAUGCCCAGGAGGCGAUUGAUGAGGAUAUGAUCCAACCUACCGAUAGCCCAAAACCCAAGAAGCGUGGAAGUUUUCUCAUUGGUCUGCAUACUGAAAUGAACGAUUCGGACAAGGCUACUCAGGAAGGCGCUGCGACGACAGACAAUCAGCCCAGCGUACCGGAUGAGAAAAUAGGACAGAGAAAUUUACAUGUUCAUCUAGCAGAGCUCUCGGAGGACAACCCAACAGGUUCUAUAGAGCUACGAGCGGUGGUCUAUAUACACCAACCCUUCGUGUACACGUUCCUCUUCGACCCUUCAACGCCUGCACUCCUCGAGCCAUCCCUCUACCACAGCAUCGACCACCAACUAUACCCUCUUCACAAGACGCUCAACAACUCAACCUCACCCGCUACUGCAGCAAUGCGUAUCGCCAUGUCCGACAAUGCCUUUGACAUCAACAAACGAUUCUCAGGCAAGAGCCAGCCAGUCUACAACCUAGUCUACGACCGAACCAACCUGACGAUCCGCUCCUCGAUCCCAAACAUCCCAGACUUUGGUUCUUCCAUCAACGAUCCGAGGGACCCUUCCACACACCCCUGGUCUCGAGUAGAGAGCCUCAACAUCCACCACCGACUCCUGAGCACACAUCUCGAAACCCGAGCUCGCCCUCUGGAAGUCGAACGAACCUGCAAGACCAGUCGCGGCUGGUGGAUUGUCUGGGUUCGGAUGUCCGAGCCUCCCCAGCAAGAACAGGGGAGCACCACGUCAACCCCCAGCAUCCGCACCGUCACCGACAUGACCGACAACAAUGCCCACCAAGAGGCCUUCCUCGUCCGACGGUCAAGCGACUCCGUCUCUCCGUCCGGACACGCGCGCAGCAGUAGCAGCUCUCGAUUCUUCCGCGAUCUAGGCGGAGCAUCGUCUCCGGGUCUGCGGGCCGAUACAGGACCAGGGAAGCUUGUGGAAGGGCUAGGCCUGGAUGCAAGACGAUAUAUUGAGAAUCUACUCAGCUUGAAUAGAUGAGGUGGCUGCAUGCAUGCAUACAUGCCCUUUGAAUUGGAUCGCCUGGACACACACCCCUUCCUUCCUAUCUUUCUUUUUAUUUGAUUUUGGUUCCCGCGGUAUAUAUAACUCCAGCCCCCGUACGGAGUAUAUAGAGAUAGCCAGCAAUAUAGGCGGCACAAUAUCAUGAUGGGAGGUAUCAUGCGUGAAAAAUGGGACAUAUCUACUCGACUCUUACAAAGGUGGAAGCCGUUCUAACCUAAGGGGACAAAGAUGAUUCAAGUCGAAACACCAUGUCGAGGUUUCUAUUGAUUACGAUAAGCAAAUCGAUAACUUUAUAGAC